CAUUCUAUUUUUGAACGCCGCCAUCACUGCCAUGUUUUUGAACACUAUCCAGCUGCUGUGUGUCUUCAAUUUGAAACAUUUGCCAGGAAAUUUCUCCCCAGUUGUGACUUGUACCGGGAAGAAAGAUUCGUAAUAAGGUGUUUCACCAGUUUCGGGGAUGUCUCUGCACGGAAAACGUAAGGAAAUCUAUAAAUACGAAGCCCCAUGGACGGUUUACGCCAUGAAUUGGACGGUCAGGCCGGAUAAACGUUUCCGGUUGGCGCUCGGUAGCUUCGUGGAGGAAUACAACAACAAGGUGCAGAUAGUUGGUUUGGAGGAAGAGAGCUCAGAGUUUGUGUGUCGAAACACCUUCGACCACCCGUACCCCACUACCAAGAUAACAUGGAUUCCUGACACCAAAGGAGCGUAUCCCGACCUUUUGGCCACCAGUGGCGACUACCUGAGAAUUUGGAGGGUGAGCGACACAGAGACCCGUUUGGAGUGCCUACUGAACAACAACAAAAACUCCGACUUCUGUGCCCCUUUAACAUCCUUUGAUUGGAAUGAAGUGGACCCAAACCUGCUAGGUACUUCCAGUAUAGAUACCACCUGCACCAUCUGGGGUCUGGAGACCGGACAGGUGCUGGGCAGGGUCAAUUUAGUGUCGGGUCACGUGAAGACGCAGCUCAUUGCUCAUGAUAAAGAGGUGUAUGACAUCUCCUUUAGUCGAGCUGGUGGGGGCAGGGACAUGUUUGCCUCUGUCGGAGCAGACGGGUCGGUCCGCAUGUUUGACCUCCGUCACCUUGAGCACAGCACGAUCAUCUACGAGGAUCCUCAGCACCACCCACUGCUGCGGCUUUGCUGGAACAAGCAGGACCCCAACUACCUGGCCACCAUGGCCAUGGACAGCAUGGAGGUGGUGAUCCUGGAUGUGCGUGUCCCUUGCACACCUGUGGCUAAACUCAGCAACCAUCGAGCUUGUAUUAAUGGAGUCGCCUGGGCGCCACACUCCUCCUGUCAUAUCUGUACAGCAGCCGACGACCACCAAGCUUUAAUCUGGGACAUCCAGCAGAUGCCGCGGGCCAUAGAGGACCCCAUACUGGCCUACACCGCAGAGGGAGAGAUCAACAACGUGCAGUGGGCUUCCACCCAGCCCGACUGGAUUGCAAUCUGUUACAACUGCCGCCUGGAAAUCCUCAGAGUCUGAGGAGCAAAACACAGAGACGAGACAUAAAGCAGCUCAGAAAUAUUCUCAGCUGCCAGGAAUUUGGAUAAAGAAAAAAAAUUUUUUGGAAGAAUAUUCAAUUUGCACUUCUGGCUUCAUUUUGAUGCUAAUCUUUGUAAUGCUGUUUGUGUGACUUUAUUUGGAUGUAUUGUUUGUUAAAAGCAUGGCAGUUGCAGUUAGGCUAAAUAUAAAACUGUGGAUGAGAAACUAGAGCUGAAUAUCGACCACUUUAUGAUACAGGAAAACUGGACGACACUGAAAGGAUCCUUUAAGCUUGUCAUUUCAUUUCACUUGUCUUUUCAUUUCUCCAAAGAUCUGAAACAGUAAGUUAGUGAAAAUCAACAAACCUUUUCCUACAGCUGCCACACUGUUUCUCUGCAGUCCUGUAGAGGGCGCUGAAUCAUUCUAUCCAAAGUCAUAUUUAGCUCUGCAAAAUGGAUUCAAUCAAGGGAAAUGCAUAUUUCUGAAGUCUCUCAGUGCCUCACAGUCUAAUAUAUUUUUCACAUGGAGCAAGAGGUUAUUUCUCAUGGGAGGAUAAGCAAAUUAUUAACCCUAAUUAGGGUUAUUGCACAACCAAUAACUGGUAUAUCAUUUAACAAAUAGGAGGUUUAUGAUAGCAGAUAGGUGCUCAUCAAAGAUGGAGCCUCAGUAACUUGAUGGAAAGCAAACAUUAUUAAUACAGAGUAUUUACAAGAUGCUUUUCCUGAGAAUGAAUAAAGUGCAAUGCUGCAAGUUGAGACAGGAUUAAAUACAAAAAAAUCCAGGCCAGUGCUAGAAGCUUCCACGUUUUCAAAGUUCACAUGCUGCCUUCUCUACCUCCUGAUGAAAUAAACCUGUUGAGAUUUUGGCACCGUUGUGAGAAACAGCCCCGUGCAACUCAAAUAAUUACAUGACUGUUACUUUUACUUGUGUAAGACCAACACACAAGAUUAAAAACAAUUAAGCUUUUAUCGUCGUCUAGGAGAUAAGCUACAGUUGUAUGCAUGCUUUAAUAUGAUCGUUGCUAUUGGCUCAUUGUGUUCAUCUGCUGAAGAAAAUAGACUGCAGUUUACCUUUAACUGGUUCUUUUUGUGGAAUCUGCUGUACUGAUCUUCAUUGAAUUUGUAAUUAUUCAAGAUUUAUACGAUAUUUCAUUUGUUGCUACAUUUAUUUCAUUACUAAAAAAAAAAAAAUGUUGCUUUAAAAAACU